AUGCCAGACACGGGGGGUUAUUCGACUACGCAAUCGAUGACUAGCAGUCCUGUUGUGGAUAGGUCACAGGUUAGACCUUAUUAUAACGCAAGUACGUUUAAUGUCGGUUACUCUUCGAUUUUCCAUCCUGACAGAGGUGUCGUUGAUCAGAAUGGUAAUUCAAUUGCUUCAAAGUUAUCCUCCUCUGCCGACAAGAAUAAUCCAUUUUCCAAUAUUAAGAAUCAGUCUUCAAUGCUGCAUAACUUGAUAUCAAACAAGAAGUACCCUCACGCAGCCAUGUCCCUGGGGAGCCCAAUUAUAAAUUGGAAUGACUUCUUCAAUUUUGCCAAGUGGGAAUCUACAGUGUGGAAAUUUCUCUUUACACCUUAUCUUAAGAACCUUAUUCAGACACCUUUUGAAAAUUGUAAGAUUAUUAUGCAAACGGCUACGAUCGAUGACCCAUCUAACGUGAAUGACCAGAGAGAAUCUGCUAAAGACGAUAAUACAGAUGAUGAGAUUGAUUUCUUCCCAAUAUAUACCAUGAAAAAUGCACAGACUCAUAAAAGGGAGCCAAUUGCACCUUUGAAUGAUGCGCCAGUGUUAAAGCUUAAAAGAUUAGAUACGUUGACAGUAAUGAAAGCCAUUAAAGAUCAUAAAAAAUUGGGAGUGAAAUCGUUGUGGAGAUCGAACAACAUUAGUUUCGUUCAUAUAUCGCUUUCGAAAAUGAUAAAGCUUUCUAUGAAUAAAAUAUUACCAAUCAUGUUACCAAAUUAUUACAAUUUGAAUUUUACCAAGAUUUUGGCCGUGAAGAUCAUUAACAGUUUUAUUACAGAAGUGAUAUUGUUCCCAUUAGACCUAUAUAAGUUGACUAAAUUGGUUUCACUCCAAGAGCCUGGUUCUUUGAUUGAUUUCUAUCAUUCUAUUACGUUUAAUCAAUUUACGAUGACAUUGUACGCACUAACGUUUUCUAAGAUAUCCUUAAAGAAAGCUUUUGAGAAUGGUUUGGAUUUUUUAAUUUAUUAUUACUUGAAUUUUAGUAAUUUGAAUAACAAUAAAUUUUUAGCAAUAAUUGCACUCAAAUUUUUCUCAGAAUCAAUUAAAUUUUUAUUGAAAUUACCACUAGAAACUUUAAUCCAUAGAUACCAGAUUGAUUACCUGCAAAAAACCAGAAGAAUAAAUAGCUCGAAUCUAAUUAUAACUCCUGUUAAUAUUACCACUUCAGCAAAAUGGAAAGGUCUCUGGAAUGGUUGGAAAAUUGGUCUUGUAAGCCUAUUUUGUGAUUUUACUUUCAAAAUAAUGAACAAAAUAGAUGACGAUUUAAAACAAGAAAAAUUCUAG